UACGGACACAAUACUAAGCCUUGUCGACCAACCGGAACACGUGUAUUACCGAUUGUCGGCUGUGAGGCCCUAUAUCUUUCUACAAAGUGAAACAAAGUGAGGGCCCAAAGGCGCGUAUCGGGAUCAUAAAACAUGGGAAACGUUCUCGCAACUAGUCAGCAACCGCCAUCUCCGGCUGUACCUGUUGUACCACCGCCAUCCGCACCAGAACCUCCACCUGAACCGCUGAACAAGUCUGAAGAUCAAAACCCGGGAACGCUAGAAGACCUCCACAAGAAAUGCAAAGACGUCUUUCCCGUAAACUUCGAGGGAGGCCGCCUCAUGGUAAACAAGGGAUUGAGCAACCACUUUCAGAUCAGUCACACACUCAACAUGAGCUCUAUAACACCUUCGGGAUACCGCUUUGGCGCAACGUACGUUGGCACCCAGCAGUACGGUCCUUCAGAAGCCUAUCCGGUUUUACUUGGAGACAUAGACCCCAGUGGGAACCUGAACGCAAACAUCAUCCACCAGUUUAGUCCUCGCAUCAGAACGAAGAUCGCUGCUCAAGUUCAAGAAUCUCGAUACGCGGCCACACAGUUGACUGCGGACUACAAGGGGCCAACGUACACCGUGUCUGGAACCUUGGGCAACAUAGACAUCGUCGGCGGCUCUGGCGUUGCAGUCGCCCAUUACCUCCAGAACGUAGUACCGAACGUGGCCCUUGGAGCAGAGCUGGCCUACCAGUACGGUCCACAUGUACCGGGAGGGGAAAUCGCCGUGCUUUCAAUGGCUGGCCGGUACACAGCAUCAAACUACAUCGUCAGUGGCACACUGGGCAUGGCAGGAGCCCAUUUCUGCUAUUACCACCGUGGAAGUGAGACGACGCAAGUUGGAGUCGAAGUGGAAACAAACUUCCGAGCAGGAGAGAGCGUUGCAUCCAUUGGGUACCAGGUGGAGCUCCCGAAAGCUAACCUAGUCUUCCGGGGAAUGUUGGACAGCAACUGGACUGUUGGCGCUGUGCUCGAAAAGAAGCUGCAGCCUCUUCCGUUCUCCUUCGCGCUCAGCGGGAUGCUGAAUCACGCAAAGAAUCAGAGCCGGUUUGGAUGCGGCCUCAUCAUUGGUUAAGCGUGUUCUGUAGAUUAAUGGACUGUCAGUUGAGUUAUCGGAACUGGGGCUAGGAAUGUGCAAGUUAGUUGUUUCGUCAAAUGUUGUGCAUCAUCAGUUCAUAGGAAUUGUCAAAGUGGACGUUCUUACGUAGGAAAUUCUUUAUUCAUCAAAAAGUUCCUGCCUAUGCUGUGUGCUGAUUAAAUCGGCUGCGACUUGUCCCA